AUGGAUCUUGCUCAGCUUAAACAUAUAGCAACAGUAAGCAUUGGUGGUGAAGUGUUCAGUGCGAGAGCAUUCGAGAGGAUUCGAGGGCAGUUUGGUGGUAAAAUAUUCCAUGUUUACGGAAUCACUGAGACAACUGUUUAUAAUAUGGUGUUUGACUAUCAAAACGAUACACAAUAUAAAACUUCAAUUGGGUCUCCAUUGUCGAAUACAAAGGGUUUCGUACUUAAUAACGAUAUGCAAUUGCUACCAUUGUUUGCUGUGGGUGAACUUUACUUGGCUGGUAAUUGUUUAUCCAGAGGCUACCUCAACCGACCCGAGUUAAAAGCUGAAAGAUUUUUACAAAAUCCAUUUCAGACAGAAGAAGAAAAAAAAGUAGGAAAGAACGAACGAAUUUAUAAGACAGGAGAUUUAGUUCGUUGUCUACCAGAUGGUCAACUCCAAUAUGUUGGUAGAAAUGAUUGUCAAGUAAAGAUCAGAGGAUUAAGAAUUGAACUAGGUGAAAUUGAAGCUGUUUUAUCAUCUUAUCAAGGUGUGAAGCAAUGUGUAGUUGUUGUGAGAGAUAGCAAAGAUUUAACUGCAAGUGGCACUUGCCGAAAAUAUAUUAUUGGAUAUUUUGUUUCCCAAUCAAUUCUUUUGGAAUCUGAUAUAAAACAUUAUAUGGAAAGCAAAUUACCAGAUUAUAUGGUACCAAAUCGACUCGUACAAAUAGAAAAUAUUCCGGUAAAUACGAGUGGUAAAAUAGAUUUGAAGGCUUUACCUGAGGUCGAUUUCUCGAAGCACCAUGAAGAGUCGCUUGUUCCUCCGCGAGAUGACCUCGAAUGGAAAAUUCUUCAUAUCUGGUCACAUUUAUUAGGAAUACCCAGCACCAAUAUAAGUGUCCACGAUGAUUUUUUUGGUUUGGGUGGAGAUAGUGUCUUACUAAUGAAAGUGGCACUUAUGCUGAGUAAUGUGUUAUCGACAAAAAUAAGUGUUAGUGCUGUAUUCGCAAAUAAAACAAUCGAAAGCCUUACGACACAUAUCCUUCAUGGCCUUGAUUAUAAUUCAGAAGAGAAUAACCUCAUAGCAAAAUUGCGUGAUGAUUUUUCAACUAAUCGAAACUAUGUAUUAUCGUUUGCACAAGAAAGGCUACUAUUUAUUGAUCAGUUUCAUGGUAAAACUGGCAAUAAUGCUUAUAAUAUACCGAUAUACCUACAAAUUACCGAUAAUAAUAUCAAGCGAAAUGUGUUGCAUCAGUCUCUACGUGCCAUUUUGAAUAGACACGAGACACUAAGGACCCUAAUAGAAGAAGAUAAAUCCGGAGUUUUUUAUCAACAUAUACUCAAGGAAGAGGAAAUCGAUGCAUUUUUCAAAGUAGAUGAAAUUCAAGUUACUAAUACAGAGCAGCUGGAUACUGAACUAAAUAAAUUGGUUCAAUAUGUUUUUAAUCUUAGAAAAGAACUGCCAAUUAAAGUUACAUUUUACGAAAUGAAAAACACAGAUGAAGAUGAAGAAACAACGCUCUACAUGGGAAUAGUCAUUCAUCACAUCGCUUUUGAUGGUUGGUCUUUGAAUGUAUUUUGGAAGGAAUUGCAAACAUUUUAUGAUUACUUUGAUAAAGAUAUCUCGAGUUCGGGGACAAAUACUAUAUCUGAUCGAACUUUGAAGUUACCAGAGCUUCCUGUGCAAUACAGAGAUUUUGCACUAUGGCAAAGAGAAUAUUUAAGCAGAACAAGAUUGUUUGAUCUAUCUGAAUUCUGGAAAAAGAAAUUGGAUGGCUAUGAAAUGUUGAACUUAAUGCUGGACUGUCCUGUCAGACCAUCUCUUUAUGACUUUAGUGGAGAUGAAAUCCCCUUUGAAUUGGACGAGCAAGUUACGAAAAGAUUAAAAGCAUUAGCAAUGAGACUAAACGUAAGUCUAUUUAGUCUACUGUUAAGUGCUUAUACGCUAAUGCUGGCUAUAUACACAAACCAACAAGAUAUCAUCAUUGGAACACCAUUUGCAAAUCGAAAUCGUCCGGAACUCGAAAAUCUAAUUGGGUUUUUCGUCAACAUGCUCGUUUUGAGAAUACAAAUUGAUUCAAAAGAUUUGGUACAUGAGUACAUAAAGAAAGUAAGCAACGAAGUAAUACUGGCACAAAGUCAUGAAGACAUGCCUUUUGAGCGGCUCGUUAAAGAGUUAGAAAUAGAUAAUGAUACAGGUCGACACCCGAUCGUUCAAGUUGUAUUUUUGAUCAAUAAACAUAUUGACUUUGAAGUAACUUCAAGCUAUAAGAACAUAGAAAUGCAAAGUCUUCUUCCUCUUUCACAAUAUGUUCCAAAUCGUUAUGAUUUCACGGUAGCAAGAUAUGAUUUUACGACACUGAUUGAUGAGGAAAAAGGCUCUUUAAAGGGGACAUUUAAUUUUGCAAAAAAGCUUUUCCAUCGAACAACGAUUGAGAGUUACAUUCAAACUUUUCUUCAUAUUUUGGCACAAUAUGCAAUAAUACAUGAAACAUGCAAAAUAUUAGAUAUGGAAUGUAUUCCUCCAUCGCAAAAAAAUAAACUCAAACACUCUGAGAACAUGCAUACGGCUUUUGGAGAUUUCACCCAUGACGUAACUUUGCAUAAGCUAUUCGAAGAAGAAGCAAAACUAUCACCUGAUAAAAUUGCUGUUGUCUAUGAAGACGUUAAGCUUACUUAUCGAGAUUUAAAUGAAAAAGCUAAUCGAUUGGCACACUAUUUACGAUCAAUCUCAAAUAUUCAUCCAGAUGAUAUAAUAGCAUUAAUUUUGGAUAAAAGUGAAUUAAUGAUAAUUAGCAUACUUGGAGCAUGGAAAUCUGGUGCAGCAUAUGUUCCUAUAGAUCCUAAUUAUCCAGAUGAACGAAUCAAAUUUAUUCUAGAAGAUACAAAGGCAAAGAUCGUGAUAAGUAACAUGAAAUAUUCAUCUAGACUAUAUUCAUAUAAUAUAGCAAAAGUCGAAAUUGAUAGUCCAAUAGUAAACGAAGUCUUAAACAAUACCAAUAUAACUUGUAAUCUUGAUGUUAUCACAAAUGAACGUAACUUAGCUUAUGUUAUAUAUACAUCAGGAACAACGGGAGCACCAAAAGGUGUAUUAGUGGAACAUCAAAGUGUG